AGAAGAAAAAAUAUGGCGGCUUCCUGUGGGUCAAAACGACGACAAACUGAGGAAGUUUUUCAUUGUCUAAACUGACACUUUGGGCCGACGCUGCUUUCAGUAUGUGGACGAACGCCAAGACAAUAAGAGCUUAUGUGGAAACGUUCAAGCGCUGUCAGCGUUGCUGUAUGGGGACAGUAUGGAGGGGCGACACUGACCGGGGGCAGAGACAGCUAUGUAGAGUCCUGUCAUCGACAUCAAAACCCAAAUGGAGGCUCCUGUUUUUUGGCACUGAUCACUUCGCUGUGGACUCUCUCAAACUUCUCACAUCCUGCAGGAGCACCAGUGAAGGGAUAGUGGAGACCCUUGAAGUUGUUACCUUGGCUGGUGAUGUUCCAGUGAAGAGGUUUGCUCAAGAGAACCACCUUCCACUACACAGUUGGCCCCCUGAUGAUGUGAAUGGACGGUUUGAUGUUGGUGUGGUCGUGUCUUUUGGCUGCCUACUUCCUGAGAGACUAAUCAGCAAGUUUCCAUAUGGGAUUUUGAAUGUUCACCCUAGCCUGCUGCCAAGAUGGCGAGGUCCAGCACCUAUCUUCCACACCAUCUUGCAUGGUGACAGUGUGACAGGAGUCUCCAUCAUCCAGAUCCGCCCUCACAGGUUUGAUGUGGGGCCUAUUCUCAACCAGCAAUUCUAUCAGGUCCCUGAGAAUUGUACUGCUGAUGAGCUGGGAGGUACUCUAGCCACAAUGGGAGCACAUCUUCUGAUUAACACAUUGAUGUCACUGUCUGAGAGAAUGGAAAAUCAAAGGGAACAAGGACAAACUGGUGCAACAUUUGCCCCAAAAAUCAAGAUGUCCAUGAGCUGGAUUGUGUGGGAGGAACAGACUUGUGACCAAAUUGACCGUCUAUAUCGUGCAGUCGGGUCCCGGAUACCUUUGAGGACUAUGUGGAUGGGCAGAACAAUAAAACUUCUGGAUUUUGCUGGAAAAUGUCAUGUGUCAUUAUCAGAUCAAAGAAGGAACCCCAUCCCUGGUUCAGUGAGCUUUCAGAAGGAGUCAAAUACUCUAGCAGUCUGCUGCAAGGAUGGCUGGGUGGGAUUCAGAUCAGUGCUCCUGAAAAAAAGACUCACUGCAGCUGAUUUCUAUAAUGGCUACCUGCAUCAGACACAGCAGAAGAAUACGCUGUGUCAGACGGCUGAAGGACAGUUUUUUAGUAAAAAAGGAGGAAUUGAAUUGCAUCAAAUGAGAAAAAACUCAAAGUUGUGACGCAACAAUAAUAUUCUCACUUAACGUAAACACAACACCAUCUAAUGAAAUGUACUAUUUUUAAUGUGUUAUACUUUUAAGUCAUUUGCAUUCAUGCCACAGUUAUUUUUUGCUGUAUUUAUUCUAUUGCAAUAAAUGAUUGCAAUGUUGAUCAACAGUUUCCAGGAACAAUAAUGAACUGAUUUUUUUUUUCCCUUUGAAUAUUUACCUUAAGGACUUUUUUCCCCGUUUCUACUAGUGUUAAUGGUUGGGCUGUAGAUGUGAUGGUGUUUGGUUGGUCUUUCAGUCUGGAAUUGCCCUCCUCUUUGCUCCAUACUGGAAUCUCUCAGCAGCAAUUGUAGUGUAUGAUAAAUUAAGACACCAAACACUGUGACGUUAACAUGCACACCAUACAUAAACAUGUCCAAAUACAGCAGAUUGACCAGUAUUUAUAGCUACAUCAGUUGUUUUCUGCUUUUCUUCAGAGAGCUUAUAUGACCUUGUUCUAGAAAAGUUGGGAUGCUGUGUAAAUAAAAGCAAAAUGCAAUAGUUUGCAAAUGUUGAACAUUGUGAAAAUGUUUACAAUGUUCUGUUUUAUUCGCAUAGAAAACCUAUCAAAUGUUGAGAAAAUGUCCCAUUUUGUGAAAAUAUUAGUUCAGACUCAAACUACAUAAAUUUCUUAACAAAUACAAUUUUUAGCUAUUAGAGAAAAAAGGUAUUCAUGGUACAGCAACAUUAAUAACUGUUCACAUUUUUUUCCUAUCGAUCCUUUAAAGUUGUUGCGUAACUAAGAGAGGAUUCGGGGUCACCUGAUCCAAUCCUAACUAUAUGCUUUAUCAAAAAGGCAAGUUUUAAGCCUAAUCUUAGAAGUAUAGAGUCAAACUAGGAGCUGGUUCACAGAAAAGGAGCCUAAAAGCUGAAAGCUCUUCUUCCCCUACUACUUUUAAAUACUCUAGGAACCACAAGCAAGCCCACAGUCUGAGAGUUAAGUUCUCUGUUGGGGUAACGCAGUACUAUGAGGUCUUUAGGAUAAUAUGGGGUUUGAUUAUUCAUGUAUGUGAUGAGCUGCUAACGAGUAUUUUAUUUAGUAAUGACCCCAACACUGCUGUCGUCUCCGGAGACAAAAGUUUAACUUUUUGGAAGGUGUAUGUCUUGUUACAUCUGGCAUAAAACUAACACCGCGUUUCAUAAAAUCAUACUAAAAUUCAAACGUGGUGGUGGUGGUAGUAUGAUGGAUUUUCCAGAUUUGAUGGAGUUUAUAAAUUCUGUUUGACUAUCUGAAAAUCCUGAAGGAGAAUGUCUGGCCAUCAGAUGUGUCCUGAAGCUGAAGAGCUCUUGGGUUAUGGAACAAGAAAAUGAUCUGAUGAUCUGGUCCCGUAAAAGUCUGAAGUUAAAUCAAGAUGCUUUGACAUGACCUAAAACAGACUGAUCAUGGUCGAAAGUCAUUCAAUGUGGCUGAAGCAUAACAAUUCUGCAAAGAAAACUAGGCCAAAAUUGCUCCACAGUGAUGUGAAAGAUUCAUAGCUAUUGAUCCCAAACGCUAUGAGAUAACUGACUAAUCAUUUUUAGUCAUUCAAUGCUUUAAUAAAUAAUAAUCCAAGGAAGAAGUGUUUUACUGGUGAAUGCUCAAGGUGGAUAAACAAACAUGUCCCUCAAUGAGCCUGGUUCUGCAGGUUUUUUCCUAUGAACAGGGAGUUUUUCAGUCCCAUUGUUGCCAAGUGCUGACUCAAAGGGGUUUUAAUUGUUGGGGGUUUUCUCCAUAUUUUUGUACAGUUGUUACCUUACAGUAUAAAGCACCUUGAGGCAACUAUUGUUGUGAUUUGGUACUCUAUACACCGCAUUCCAAAUUAUUAUGCAAAUGAUAUUUUUCUCGGAUUUUCCUAAACAGUCGAUGCAAGUGACAGAACAAUUUUCGAGUCUCAGCUAUUAGUUUUAUUAGUAUAAUUUGAAUGUUACUGAACAACCCUCCCAAUGAAAACAUACUGUUUUUUAAAAAUAAAACAACUUAAAAUGCAC